GUAGUUCGCUCCUUAAUGUCAUUAAGCUCGCACCACUUUCGACAAUGGCAGCUCACCAUUGUUCCAUCAUCGCUGUUUUCUUUCUGGGGAUAUUGUCACUAGCGAGAACGAUUUCUCUUCCCUACGAGGACAUUCAUCUGGCGUUUCCCGCCGCUACGAGAUUAAUCUACACAGCGUCCGAAUCUGAUCCUGAUUUCAGCGGAUAUUCCUACGCGACUCAAGAUCUCAAUGGCGGCGGAAGUAACGUUGUCUUUGCAACCGGUGCGAAUUCCAUGAGCAAACUCAAGGAGGCAAUGGGCUUGAUAUAUGAGGCCGAUGAUACGAUGAAGAUGCCAAAAAAAUACACGCAAGGAGACAUGUCGGACGGUACUCGAGAUAAUAUUCAGGAGAGUCCAGCGUCUGUGGAGCAACAAUCCAAACCCGAAAUUGAGCCAAGCAUAACCAAGCAAGAAGAUUUCGUCUUGAACGACGCUUCCGACCAGGAGAAGAAGCUAUCGAAAAAUCCAGAAAUGGACAGUUCUCUUGAACAUCGAAUAUCUCCGCAGGAACUUCCUUUUGUGCAUGUGCCUUAUCCAGCAUUUCGAGCAAAUUUUUUAAAUCUGCAAUUUCCAACGGUGUUCCCCAGAUAUCAUCAUGUAUCAUCGAACGUGAUACAGAGCCAAUAUUAUCCCAAUAAUCCCUAUGCUCAUUUACAAUUUCCUUUGCAUGAUUUUCCUCUUUACAAUCCCUCUGCGCCACUAUUUUAUCAAGCUCCCAUCACAGUCAAUCAAGUUCCUGUUAACGAUUUCAGCCACGUGUCAUUAGCAGCUGUUAAGGAUAUAACGAUGUCAGUGAAAGCAAAUUUUACUGACAGCACAAAGACAAGCGUGAUCCAAUCUGCUAGUUCUGUAGAAUCCGACAUGAUAGAACCAAGAACCAAUCUUGAGCCAAUGGCAAAUAAAGUUAAAGAAGCAUCUCCCAGCGAACCUGCUUCGAGCACAGUUGAACCUAUGACUACACCUAAAGCAGUUAAUGAAGAAGCAACGUCAGCGAAAGUAAAUUUCACUGACAGCAUAAAGACAAACGCGAUCCAAUCUGCUAGCUCUGUAGAAUCCGAUAUGAUAGAAUCAAGAACCAAUCUUGAACCAAUGGCAAAUAAAGUUAAAGAAGCACCUCUCAACGAACCUGCUUUGAGCACAGUUGAACCUACGACUACACAUAAAGCAGUCAGUGAAGAAAUAAUGACCGAGUCCAUAAAAUCUACAGUAAAAUCUAGGAGAUGUGGUGAUCAUGUUAUGAAAAAUGCAGUAAGUAGUACUGAAUUUGCGAAUGCAGAAAUGAAUACUUCAACGAAGGAACCAAGUGCUGAAACCUUGUCUACAACCAAAGCAUAAAUUCAGACACUGUGCUUUGUUUUAUGUUAUCAUUAAUGAUGAUAGGAUUUGUAAAAUGAUGCAACAAAACUGUUUACUACA